UUUCAAACACCGCAUCGGCCGACUCUUCUCAGCCGUCCAUUCCAUCCCCGAACAACGCCCCGGAUCUUCCCUUCCUCCUUCCCUCCCUCCCAGCUCCUGCUGCUUCCAUCCCUAAUCUCCCUUUCUUUCUCGAUCAAGAUCCCGAUCCCCCAAACAAAUCUCCAAUCGAAGGAUUCGUUCGCAGAAUCUUUUUGGCAGGGGGGGAGAAGUGGAAGGAAUCCUCGGUUUGAUGCGCCAAUAGCGUCAUCGAUAUCAUCGUCUUCUUGUUCUUGGGAGUUUGAUUCUGGCAGACCAUGCCGGUCUCCACACGGUCGCAGAUCUCGAUCGGCCGCAACGAGCCGGCCUCGGCGGAUCAUGAUCGAGAAGGGCAGCGGGCGAGGGCGCGGCUUCUGCGUGACCCGCACCACGGCCUCCGGGAGAAGAUGAGGGCCCUCACCCUCUUGUACGAGCAGCACCGGAGUCAACUGGCCUCCAGAACGGGCUCCGCGGACCCCCGCGUCCUCGGCACCCACCACCCUAGCGUCGAGCUGGCCGACUCUAGCCGCCGCCGGAGGCAGCAAGAACAAGAAAAGCAGGGUGAAGAAGACGAGCGGGAUCCGAUCCAGAAGGAGAACGCGAAUCGCGGCUUGUUUCCGAUGGCUGACGCCACCAAGGAGAACCAAGAAGUCUGGGACCAGAAUCGGAUGGCGGUGAACUCCGCCGCCUGCCCCAAGAAGGCGGUGGCCACGGCUCCCGGAGUCGGAAGGGCUGCGACGACGGGGAAGCUCUCGCUGCGAGAGUUGAUCAGCGAUGGUGCGCAGUCGGAUGGCUGGGUGGGGAGAAGCAAGGUUGGUGGGGAUCAAUUGGGGGCUGUAGCAGCUGAGAACCGAGAGGCCCCUGGCAGCCGAAUCCUCGUGUUCGUGCGGCUGAGGCCGAUGGCGAAGAAGGAGAAGGACGCCGGGUCGCGCUGCUGCGUGAAGAUCGUGAACAGGAAAGACGUCUACUUGACGGAGUUCGCGUCCGAGACGGAUUACCUCCGGCUGAAGAGGGUCCGAGGGCGGCAUUUCUGCUUCGACUCCUCCUUUCCGGAUUCCACGCCGCAGCAAGAAGUCUACGCCACCACCACAGCAGAUCUUGUGGAAGGUGUUCUACAAGGGAGGAAUGGUUCAGUAUUCUGCUAUGGCGCAACAGGAGCUGGCAAAACAUACACAAUGUUAGGGACAGUGGAGAACCCGGGUGUCAUGGUUCUGGCUAUCAAGGAUCUCUUCUCUAAGAUUAGGCAGAGGAGCUAUGAUGGGGAUCACUCGGUCCAACUUUCUUACCUUGAGGUCUACAAUGAGACUGUCAGAGACUUGUUAUCCCCUGGCAGACCCCUUGUCCUAAGGGAAGAUAAACAGGGAAUUGUAGCUGCUGGUCUCACACAGUAUAGAGCUUACACAACGGAUGAGGUCAUGACAUUGCUUCAGCAAGGCAAUCAAAACAGAACCACCGAGCCAACAAGAGCCAAUGAAACAUCUUCCCGGUCUCAUGCAAUACUUCAGGUGGUGGCAGAAUACAAAUGCAAUGAUUCAGGUACCAUUGUGAGACGCAUCGGGAAACUUUCGCUUAUUGAUCUAGCUGGAUCAGAGAGAGCUCUGGCAACUGAUCAACGAACGCAGAGAUCGAUCGAAGGUGCCAACAUCAACCGCUCCCUCCUUGCUUUGAGCAGUUGCAUCAAUGCUCUUGUGGAGGGAAAGAAGCACAUCCCUUUCCGCAACUCCAAGCUGACCCAACUUCUCAAGGAUUCCUUGGGAGGACAAUGCAACACUGUCAUGAUUGCCAAUAUAAGCCCUAGUAAUCUCUCUUUUGGUGAGACGCAGAACACACUCCACUGGGCUGAUCGUGCCAAGGAGAUAAGAACAAAGGGAUGUGCGGCAAAUGAGGAAUCAUCAAUUCAGGUGCCAGAUUCUGAAGUAGAUCAAGCUAAACUAAUAUUGGAGCUACAAAAGGAGAACAGUGAGUUGAGGCAGCAAUUGGUUCGCCACCAGCAAAAGAUGCUGACCAUCCAAGCUCAAUCGUUGGCUGCCUCGCCCGCACCAUCCAUUGCACCACCCUCCUCCGUUCUCUCCACGCCAUGUUCGACCCAAAGAAAAGUCAAACGCUCCAUUUUAUCUGCCAACUGCUUCAGCACGCCAGAGUCCAAGAACAGAGCGAACGAUGAUACAGUAGUCCAGGGACUAAAGAAGACUGUGAAGGCCUUGAAGGACGAGAUAGAGAAGCUAAAGAAGGAGCAUGUGCUCCAGCUGAAGCAGAAAGAUGACUUCAUUCGUGACUUGAUAACGAAGUACGGCUUGAAACCUUCGGAAGGACAAAGGGAGAAGAGAGUCGGCACGAGAUCAUCUCUCCGCAGGGGAGAGAAAUCUGCAGCGGAAACGGGGGAAUUGAAGAGCCCAAACCAUCGUUUUACUUCCCCUGUGCCGACUGCCAAGAAACGCAGCUUUUGGGACAUCACCACCGGUAAUAGCCCUUCGGUCGUCGCUCUCAAUGGAAGGAAGACCAGAAGCCAUGUGGCUGCUGAAGCUCAUGCAACUCCCUCAAUGCUGCUUCAGCCGGGCUUCGCUCGACAUCAUUUGAAGAAUUGAUCCAACAAAGAGAGCCAAUACGCAUGCCGAGAAGGUACAACACUAUCUUAAGAACAUAACCAGUUUCUUGGGGACAAAGUUCGUAUGACCCAAAUCAAAUUUGUUAUUUGUUGUUCUUUUUCGCCAGCUGUGUAGUUACUUGGAUUCUUCAGAUGGCUCUUAGGAUUUGUUCCAACAUUUAUUUAUCUUCUUACAAAGAAGAUUGUGAGGGUUGUCGGAAAUAGGAUUGUCUUUCUUCGACUGUUAUUCUAUAUGUUCUCUCAUCAACCCUUUGUUCAACAGUGGUUUAGUUACAUGACUCAUUUACGAAAAGUUUGUCA